AAAGAUUAUCAUUUAUUUAUCAAGUGCUGCCGUAAAGCGUACAAUGUUUUUUAUGUAAUAGCGGUUCCGUGCAUUUAGUAAAAUGAGUAUUCCACGCUCUAGUAUUAGUGACUACCCCGAACAUUUAAAUCCGUUUUAUGAAGGCGACCAGAAAUUCAAAUUUUGGAAAUUUGGCAGAAUAAAACGAUCCGGUAGUUUUGGAGAAACUUUAAGAAAUUCAUUAUUAUUCAAAUCUAUCAGAGGAAAGAAGAGUAAAGAGAAAGAUGCUUCACCUACUCCUCUGCCACUGCGCAAAAAUAGUCCAAGUGUAGCUCCUUUGCAUCGCCAAACGCUUCCUACCAUAUACUCUGAAAAUCAGAGCUCCAAUCGAAGCUCUACGCCAGUACCGCUGCCAAGAUCUAGGUUCAGCGAAAGGGUUGCGAAAUCAUCGUCACAGGUACAACCUCAAAAUUGCGACGUUAACCAAACGGCUCCGAAUCCCUUUGAAAAUGCAGUCGCCAAACCCCCCACUAAAUUAUACAUCAAGCGCAAAAAAAGAAGAGCGCCUCUUCCUCCAAGUCUGGACGGUUGCAGUGUCUCUUCGGAGUAUAACGGUUCCAAGUGGAGUUUAACUUCCGAAGGCACAGAUAUGUCAACGUAUUCCGAUACAGAACUUACUAUCGAUCCAGAAGUUUCCUCUCGGAUCGCCCACAUUACCAAAGAAAUCCAAAAAAUGGCCGACGAAGAGCACGAACCGGCGUACACGACUGAUAUUCCUGAUGUUGUAGUAUCAUCUAUAGACGCAGUACAAGUGGACAAAUCGCAAAGUAAGGAACUGGAAGUUCCCAUUGAUGAGAAUGAUAAUGUUCUCGAGAGCGUUUCAAUUGAAGAUGGCGUAGAAGCCACGGGACCUGAUGUUCUACAUCAUACAAAUUGUAAUGAUGAAGAAAAAGCUCACCUAUCUUCCACAGAGUCGACCGAGGACCUUCGUACAGAUGACUCGCUAACAAAUUUAAUCAACAGCAUAAACGAUGAUACUACAAACGUAGACGGGAACGAUUACGAAUUGAAAGAAGUAGAUUCUUUGACCAAUAUUAUUAAUAGUAUUAAUUUUACCGAAAAUGAAGCGUUUGAAAGUAAACAUAUUACAAGAAAAUGUGAUGUUGAGAUUAAUGGGAUCUUAAAUUGUGAUAAUGAAACGAUAGAAGCUAGUCUAAGUGAUACUGAACUUAAACAGACUAAUCAUGUGGAGGAACACAUAAGCAGUUCAACCACAAAAGAAGAUGUCAAAGUUGAUCACUUACGCACAUAGAAAUGUGAUAAAAUUAUAUAUUUUUAUAUAUAUUGUAUAGUAUUCAAUAAAUAAUUUAUUAAUU